GCAACCGCGAUGGCGCCCUUGCGUGGCGGGGGCGGCGGUGCGGGACGCUGCUCGGCUCCGUGUCGCUGCGGGCUGUGAUGGGCGUUGCCCCCCCCUCCCCCACCCCGGCAGUGCGGGCGAGCGGCGGCCGGCAGGGCUUGUGCGGCGUUUGAGCCGGGCGGGGCGGGGCGGGGCGGGGCGGGGCGCGCAGAGACGGGCUCCUCACUCGGCGUGCUUGGUGCGGAUGAAGGCUGGCCAGUAGGACUUGGGAUUCUUGGCUAUCAACUCCGUUCGUGUCUGCAAGGGGCGCUUUAAAAACCUCCAAGUCGGUGUCCUGUUUUGCACACUUGGCUUCUGCCAUCGAUGCUGGCAUUUUACUUCCAAGCCAGUGGGUUUGGCACACUUGCUGUCAGGCUUUGUCACUUCCGUUUAGAGGAGUAGCAAUAGUCCGGUUUUCUGACGGGUUCGAAUAGAUUUGAGAUGUAAGUUUUGACUUCGUAGCUUUAAGCGUGCACACUUCUGAAACCCCUUCGUUUCCUUUCAGUGAUUAAAACGCAGGGUCUCUGGAUAAGCGUGGGGGGGCAGGAGUAGUUGUAGGACCAGGGUUGCCAGAGGGGUGCCCGUCCCCGUGCUGGGUAGGAGAGGACAGGGCACAGGGGAUUGCAAAGCUGGCCCGCAGGCUCUACAAAUAUCCCAUGUAGGUUUCUUUCAUUUCAGCCUUGCCUCAGACUGCGGGGUGAGAGAUCCUGUGUGUUAGACUAUAGCAGGGCUUCGGUAGUCUUCCCCCGUGGCUGCUGCGGAGUACGAAGCUCUUGCAGCACAAUGACACCGAGACACGGGCAGCAAGUCACAAAGAGACCUCUCUGACCUUGCAAAGACACGCAUGCCCGAACAGUUCAGCGGGGGCCACUUUCCCGCGUUUUGUUUUGCCCCCUGUGAGGAGCAAAAGCACUGCUGUCUCUGGGAUCCCGCUUGGUGGUUUAUUCUGUCUAUUCUGCACGAAAGGAGCCGUCACUGAAUGUUUUCAGCUAAAAUGUAUUGUACUCUUACAAGCGUAAUAAAAUAUGGACAUACAUGGCUGCGGAGACUGUUAUUGUAGCGCUACAACUUGUUGUGAAGCAUUUCCAGCUGCUCCACUUGUGCAUAUUUUCAAACAGGCAGGAUCUUUUGAAGACGACACCUCACGUUAUAUUAUUAAAAUGGCUAUCCAUACAAGGCUGAGUGUAAAAAUGAAAAUGCUGACAGGUUCAAGCAGGACAGUUUCAGGAAUGUAUGACUUGAGAGAGGCAGCCAGACAGACAAUCCAAAUGCUUCAGUUGGCAGGAUGAAGUGAUAUGCUAAUGUAAGAGAAAAGAUACCUCCUAUUUUAAUGGGCAAGUCAUCCCCAGCCUGUCGUCUAGCAGCCUGCCUGGGGUCGCCAAUAGUGCAAGGAUGGUGACAACUUUCACCACCAUCCACCUGUUCCUGCUCCUAACUCAAGCAACACCAGAGCCGAGCGCUGAGGAGGACCCACUACAUCGGAACUCUGUGCUCCGGAUGAUUGAAAUCUGGGCGAAUGCCACCGGCCCGCAUCCAGAGGGGGUAACCGCUUGCAUCCCGAAGCCUGCAGCAAUCGAGGACAAUGUUCUAGAGGCGUAUGUUACUCCCCUUAAUAUCGCAAAAUGGUUUUCAGAGGUACGAGGACCAUUGUGCGGAACCUCUAUUUGUAGAGUCAGUGGUCCCAUACCUUGCCCAGGUUGCCAAGUAGUUUCUUUUCCCGACUAUACACGCAUAAGAGGGAAUAAAAUGGCGGCGUACUACUGGCCGUCAGGUCAGAUAACGGAGAAAAACAUCUCUAGCCUAAACUGUAGGAGUUGGGGACUAGGGAGUAACAAAGCAGAGCCAACUGAUUGUCAUCGUAUCCCCUGGGGGGCUCGAAAGUGGGGCACCGACGAAGAUCAAGUGCAAUUCCUACCAUGGCAAGCCCAUAGUCUCCAACCUUCAUGGUUCCUUUUCCUUAAUAGCACUCCCAUGCCAGAGGGAGGGUGGAAUGUAAGCAGAGGGGUAAAUCUCACUAUUUUCCACGGGACACAUCAGCUGUUAAGUGCCUUCUUCCCAUUGAGACAAGCGGAAGUGCGGCAUUUAGAAAGCCGCAACCUAACGCACCCCUACUGCACACCUAAAAUCCAGGCCCUUUGGUGCCGUAGAAAGGGGCUACCGACCAACGCACCCCGAGGACUCACGUGGGCAUGUAACAACGAUGUACUAUAUACUGCUCUACCUGCUCGCUUUGAUGGGGCUUGCUUUAUUGCCAGCGUAGAACUCCGCCCACCUCUUGCUACAAACACUUCCAACCCAUACCCUCCCUGGUUCGCACACACUGAGGCCAGGGGAAAACGCUCCGCUACCACUUGGUCCAGAAUGACCUAUAGCCAACAAGUAGGCAAACGUUUUGAAUGGGCAAUGGAAGGGUUGUUCCUUUGGUAUGUAGGAAUCAUGAGAGCUCGGGAGGCCAUUGUAAAAUUAGCAGAGGAAGUAGAAAUAGGCUUCAAUGCCACCAAUGAAGCUCUAUUCCUGCUAAACAAGCAGUUACAAGAAACCUCAAGGAUGACUAUGCAAAAUCGACUUGCCCUCGAUGCUAUGUUACUUCAUAAUGGAGGAGCAUGCAAAUACCUAAAUUUAUCUGAUGAGUAUCGCUGUAUUUCAAUUCCUAAUGUGACCGUACCGCUUACGGCUCAACUGGAGUUAAUUAAAAAGGCCGCUAAAGGUGCUAAUGCCAUAGCGAAAGUAAGCAGUGGUUGGCCCGCGGACCUUUUUUUCCAGUUUUGGUGGGAGUUUUUCCUCGUUAGCAAUGUGCAUACUCGCCCCAUUAUUAACCCUGUGAAUACCUCUAUUCAGUUGUUUAUUGUGUGUUUGCGUAGGAUGUUGUGUCGUUGAUUCAGUCAAAAAGAAAGCCACAACAAUAUCAGCCUUAGUCUACGCUCAAAUACCUAAUCCUUCCGAAGACAAGGACUUUGAGUAUGUGUCUAUGACCAGUAUUAAAUAAAUUAAUGAUGUAUUCGUGUUCAAUCAUAUAACAAUCUGGCAGUAGUCAAGGGGGCAUGUCAGGAGGUGAUGUGACUCCACCAGAUUGCUGUUUGAGACAUUAAGUGACAUGGCUACCUGUGAGUGACAUUCGGUGACGCAGUGGCGGAGGAAUGUGACCUUAAGAGGCACCAUCAUGCGGACAAUGCGUGAUCGCUUAUAGCCUAACCGAUCAGAAGUUACCCCUAGAGCGUGGCUGGCUGGACCAGCAUGCUGAGGCCUCCAGAAUGUUCCAUCAAGGGGGGACCCUGAUUGGCUAGGGAGUUUAUAAAGGGGACUGCGCGCCUCGGCGUGGGGUCCCCAGACGCUCCCAGACUCCGGUCCUUGGGAUCUGAUCUCAAAGACAGCCUGAUCACCCGUCUUGCGGUCUGGACAGACCCCUCGGCUUCUAGCUAGAUUUCUAGCGUAGGCUGCUGCAGCUUACAGUUAGACCACACGCAAUCCGGAACGCCCUGGGUGUUGCCCAGCCAGGCAUCCUACUUGUACUGCUAUUACUUUCGGCUGCAGUCGACCUCCACGACUACACCUUACUUGUCACUCGCCGCUACCAUCAUUUGUUCGUCUUUUCUACCCGCACCACAUCGUCUGUAUCCACCUGCUACUGUAAAUAGUCCUUGUAAUUAGUUCCUGUAUUCACCAAGUUACUUCAACUCGUUAAUCAUCUUGUUGGCUUGUAAGUAAACUUAUAACUUUUCUUCACCUAC